AUGUCGUUAAUUACCCCAGAAUUUCUUGAUUAUAUCAAAAAACUGGAAGAUAGUGAUGAUAAAUUAACGUCUUUGUCGCCCAUUGAAAGACCCCUGGAGUUUGAGUUCAAUAAUUCUGUUUGCUCUGUAUGCAAUGGGUACUAUGGUCCAAGCUUCGGGGAACCUGUUUGUGUAACUUGCCAUGCAUUUUUAUUUCCGGAGUUCCAAUCUUAUUUGCCAUGUUCAUAUUUUUGUACUGAGAAGACAGAUGACGGAGACUCAGGGAAUGAUGAACCUUCAGACUUAAAUUUCAGUUCUGAAAAGAAAUUAAAUAAGACAUUUCCUAUACCAGCAUGGUGGAGGAUCAGAACAUCUUUAGAUAGCGAGACAAGUCCAGAAGAUGAUGCAAGUCGUGCAAGUAACUCAGGUCCAAGUGGGUGUGGUAGUAGUGGUUCUGGAUCCUCAGCCAUAAAAGACCCAUUCAUCCCUGGGUAUGCUCCACCACCACAACCUCCAAAUCUUUCUUGGUCACUACAAGCACUAACUACACCUCGACUUCCAGACAAUGUACCAUUUGGUAUUGUUGAACAUUUACCAUCUGAAGUACUGCUGUGUAUAUUUCGGUAUCUGGAUGACAUGUCUCUGUGUGCUUGCGCCUGCGUAUGCACGCGUUGGCAGAGACUGGUUCGUGCGAGGGUACCACUCCCAAGAUGGGCCGCCUUUGCAGCAGCCCGUUGGCCACUCUUCAGACCCAUGUUCACAGAUUUUGAUUGGCAGAGGAAAUAUCAAUCGCUCGUAGAGUCUUGUUUUUGCCGGAAUUGCCUCGUGCAGAUGUGCGUCCAGGCUCCACCGAAUGGCGAGGAAAGCGCGUGGCGACGGAAUCGGCUUCGCAGUGAAUUAAAAGAUAAUAAAUUACUGCGUCAGAUGUUACGUAACGACCCGCCCGAAGGUAUAGCGGCCACGCCCCUGGACGCGAAGUGUUGUCACUGGCAGGCGAGUGUCACGGGCCCGGCCGGCUCGCCCUACGAAGGCGGCGUCUUUUAUCUCUAUGUGCAAGUGCCUUACUCAUACCCAAUGAGCCCACCUGUAGUCCGAUUUCUAACUCGUAUCCUGCAUCCAAAUGUCUCCCGACACGGCGAUGUCGGUAUCGACUCUGUACAUCACAACUGGUCGUUGGCCCUGACCAUCAGCAAAGUUCUUAUCUCUAUACAGAGUCUGCUAACUGAUCCUUACACCAAUGUUUGUAUGGAGCCCGAACUUGGAGAAAUGUAUGUGAAAGAUCGCUCGAAAUUUGAGGCCCUCGCCAGGCAGUGGACGUGGAAGUACGCUAUGCUCGACGUACUGCCUUUUUAG